AUGCUGAAGACUGCUGUGGGGUCCCUGGACGACAGAGAUGAGGAGGAUGAGGAGGACAUGCGGGAUGGAGAGGUACCCUUCUAUGUCAAUAGAGGAGGCAUCCCGAUGGACGAAGAGACUUGGGAGAGGAUGUGGCGGCAUGUGGCCAGAAUUCACCCAACAGAGGAUUUAGGCAAGAGCAUCCGGGGCGCCACUGACCUGCCUAAGAUUCCAAUACCAAGUGUGCCUACAUACCAGCCUACCACCACCAUCCCACAGCGCCUGGAAGCCAUUCAGAAGUACAUCAGGGAUUUGCAGUACAAUCACACAGGAACACAAUUUUUUGAAAUCAAGAAGACUCGCCCUUUAACCGGAUUAUUGGACAUUGCUAAGGACAUGGUGCGUGAGGCUCUGCCAAUCAAGUGUCUGGAAGCUGUAAUCUUGGGAAUUCAUCUCACCAACAACAUGCCCGGUGUGGAGCGCUUCCCCCUCAGCUUUAAGUCCCAGUUCUCAGGGAACCACUUCCACCACAUUGUGUUGGGGGUCCACAGCGGGGGCCGGUUCGGUGCUCUGGGGAUGAGCCGGCGGGAGGAGCUCAUGUUCAAGCCCCUGGAGUUCCGGACCCUCAUGGACCUGGUGGAGGAGUUCCAAGCGGCUUACAGGGGAUACUGGCACACGCUGCGCAAGAUCCGGAUCGGCCAGUAUGUGUCACAUGACCCGCACAGUGUGGAGCAGAUAGAAUGGAAACACUCCAUCCUGGACCUGGACAAACUGAGCCGGGACGAGCUGAGACGGGAGCUGGACAGACACACACGGGACAUGAGGCUCAAGAUCGGGAAGCCUCCUCCGUCCCCCACCAAAGACAGGAGAAACAGCAUGGGCUCCCCCCACAAGGCCCCUGCCAGCCCCAUGCGCAGGAUCAGCCGCAUAGAGAAGCGUCCUUCUGCUGAGAAGAAAGUUCUGGAUCAACAAUCUUCUGCAGACAUGAACGCGUAUCAGAUCCGAGUGUAA